CUAACCCCGGCACUUCCGGUCGCCGCUGCGGGUGUUUUGGGUUCUCGGCCGCUUCGGGGUAAUUCGAGUUGUGCAGAUAUUGACAGUGAAGGUGAGCGUGGAUUGUCUGAGGCUGUCACCGCUGGACCUUGCCCUUGGAUGUAGACCUUGCGUGGUGCUGAGCGCCUGUGCUGGCCCGCUUGUGAUGUCUGUGCCUGCUGGACAGGGGAUGGCCGUGUAGAUGGCGGAGUUUACCACAGAGUACCAGCGGCUACAGGCCUCCUACACCGACUCCCCACCCGGGGAGGAGGAUCUGUUGGUUCACGUGGCUGAUGGCAGCAAAUCUCCCUGGCAUCACAUUGAAAACCUGGACCUGUACCCUCUGUACAUCUACCACCUCCAUCAGAAGAAUGGCUUCCUCUGCAUGCUGCUCACUGAAGUGUUUGAAUUAGUGCAGUUUGUCUUUGUCGUCACUUUUACGACCUUCCUCGUUAACUGCGUAGAUUACGACAUUCUGUUUGCCAACAAGGUACUGAACAGCACACAGCAUGGGGGCCAGGUGGUGAAGGUCACCCUACCUGAUGCCUUCCUGCCCCCACAGACCUGCACUGCCAGGAUCCGGCAGAACGUGCUGAUGGUGGUCAUCCUCCUGACGGCUGGAGUCUUCUGGGUCCAUCGCCUGGUGAAGUUCAUCUACAACGUCUGCUGCUACUGGGAAAUCAGGGCAUUUUACAAGAAUGCCCUUAAGAUACCCAUGGCUCACCUGCCCUAUUUCAGCUGGCAGGAGGUACAGGCCCGCAUCAUCCAGGUGCAGCGGGAGCACCUGAUGUGCAUCCACAAGCGGGAGCUGAGCGAGCUCGACAUCUACCACCGCAUCCUGCGCUUCAAGAACUACAUGGUGGCCAUGAUCAACAAGUCUCUGUUGCCCAUCCGGUUCCAGGUCCCCUUCCUGGGGGAGCUGGUCUUCUUCACCCGGGGCCUGAGGUACAACUUUGAGCUGAUCUUCCUGUGGGGACCGGGCUCCCUCUUCCAGAAUGAGUGGAGCCUGAAGCCUGAGUACAAGAAGGGCGCCAACCGCCGGGAGCUGGCGCACAAGCUGAGCAGCCGGAUCCUGUGGAUCGGGAUCACCAACCUGCUGCUGUGUCCAGUGAUCCUGGUCUGGCAGAUCCUCUACGCCUUCUUCAGCUAUGCUGAGGUGAUCAAGCGGGAGCCGGGCAGCCUGGGGGCGCGCUGCUGGUCACUGUACGGCCGCUGUUACCUGCGCCACUUCAACGAGCUGGACCACGAGCUGCAGUCACGGCUCAGCAAGGGCUACAAGGCGGCCUCCAAGUACAUGAACUGCUUCCUGUCACCUCUGCUCACCGUCCUAGCCAAGAACCUGGCCUUCUUCGCAGGCUCCAUCCUCGCUGUGCUGAUCACACUCACUGUCUACGAUGAGGACGUUCUGGCGGUGGAACACGUGCUCACCACCAUCACCCUGCUCGGCCUCUGCGUCACCGUGUGCAGGUGCUUUAUCCCUGAUAAACACCUGGUGUUCUGUCCAGAGCAGCUGCUGAAGGUGAUCCUGUCCCACAUACACUACAUGCCCGACCACUGGCAGGGAGCUGCUCACCGCUACGAGACCAGAGACCAGUUCGCUCAGCUCUUCCAGUACAAAGCCGUCUUCAUUCUGGAGGAGCUGCUCAGUCCCAUCAUCACCCCCUUCAUCCUGAUCUUCUGCCUGAGGAACAAGUCCCUCGAGAUCAUCGACUUCUUCCGUAACUUCACUGUGGAAGUGGUAGGGGUGGGAGACACCUGUUCCUUUGCUCAGAUGGACAUCCGACACCAUGGGCACCCCGCAUGGUUCCCGGGCGGACGGACAGAGGCCUCCAUGUAUCAGCAGGCGGAGGAUGGGAAGACGGAACUGUCGCUGAUGCACUUCGCCAUCACCAACCCCCGCUGGCUGCCCCCCCAGCACAGCUCGGCCUUCAUCAGCCAGCUGAAGGAGAAGGUGAACCGUGACAAGGCUGCACUGGUGGGGGGCCCCCACCCCGGCCUCGUCAGCUCACUGCAGUCCGACACACAGCCCCACAGCCUGAUCACCAGCCUGCUCACCGGACCCCCCUCGCUCAUUCUCCGAGGACCAGACGUCUCAUCUGACGCAGCCUCCUCCCUCCGAUCUUUCUCCAUCGGACACCUUGGUCACGCUCCGGGCAACCAGCACCCUUCCCUUCCUCGGCCUGACAUCAGGAGAGCACCAGCUACGUCUGGGUCGGAGGGACGGAUGCUGAGCUCUGGGAGCAGUGCAUGGGAGGGGCAGGUCCACAGCGCGCUGGUGUCCGAAUUCGCCUCCACCGAGAUGAGUCUGCACGCACUCUACAUGCAUGAGUUCCACAAGCAGCAGACCCAGGUGGAGCCAGCACGACACAUCUGGUAUCGUCACGACAGCGAUGAGAGUGGUGAGAGCGGGCUGGAGGAGGCAGAGGGCCGUCGGCCGUCUCCACCGGUCAUCCCCCGCUCCUCCACCUACCCCGUGUCUGGCCACAGACCUGCAGACCAGCGAGACAGCACCCUCCCCCUCCUGCCCACCCUGUCCAGGAGAUAUGGGGGCACCAGUGAUUCCUCUCCGGCCCAGAGACCAGCGUGCCGGCAGCCCAUGGGGGGGUGGGCAGAGGACGGGUCACCCCCUCCACAGCCGGAGCCUGUGCCUGAGGUGUCCGAGGAUGAUCUGCCCCCACAGACACACCAGGUGUAGCAGGAAGGUGAGCCAGGAGGCCAGGGUGACACUGGAUUCACUGCCACGGACGGAGUAAUGCAUGGUUCCCGCUCCAUCCGCCCCUGACGUAUGUCGGUGUUGGUCUGGUUAGUUUGUGAACUUGUUCCUUCGUUCCCAGAGUGUUCCUGCACAUUCCUCAUGGUGUCCUUGUGUGGGGUAGGGGGGGUGGUCCCUAUGGGUGAGCAUGGGGGGUUCUCCUCUCACACAUGGGUGGAGAAUGUGCCCCUAUGUCCAUGGGUGGGGUGUGUGUCAUUGUGGGGAGAGGAGAAGUGUCUCUGUGCCCAUGGGAGAGGGUGGGAGGAGGUCUGUGUGCCCAUGAUGGAGCCUUCCUGGUUUCUGCAGCCUUGGGGAGGGAUGGGCAGUGUCCCGGGGACCGGGUCCAUGG